AUGCCAUCCACAAAAGACGUUCGUAAGGCGUUGACCAAAGUCACAAUCAACCUUGAUUCUCUUCAAUCCAGUCUCGAAGAGAGAGACCGCCUCGUUCAAACGCUCAAACUAACGCCCUCUCCCGAUGAUAACUACGACUUGAUCAACAUCAUCCAAAAGGUGUUAAAGGCGCUUAAUUAUAUCCAAGACGACUUGGUCUAUCUUAUUAACCAGGGCGAAGUGGUGGAUGAGCUCAUCGAGUCGUUCAAGGAGGUAUCGUCGAGAUACGACCAGUACAUUAACGAGCUAACCCACGAUGCAUACAUCACAGUCGAGGAGUAUGAGUUCAUAAGGAAAGAUUUGCCAAAAGAAGAAUCAAAGAAACCAAAAACCGUCAGAUUUAGAGACGACGUGACUGAGGAUAACGAGGAGCUUAGAACGGAGUUGAUGGGCACCAGAGCGUUCAAACCGUACAGUGACGACGAGCCACAGACCGACGCGGAAUCAUUCGACCAUGAGACCAACCAACAACUCUUUGCAAAGCACCAGCAGACCCUCCUUGACCAGGACCAGGACCUAGACAUACUACACGAAUCGAUCAAGAGGCAGCAUUCUAUGGGACGCACCAUCAAUACAGAGCUAGAUGACCAUUUGAUUCUUUUGAAUGACUUAGAGCUGGGUGUUGACGUAUCACAGCAGCGGUUGAACUCUGCCACUCAUAAGCUUCUGGUGUUCAGAACCAGGGUCGCUGAAAACGGCAGCUUGGUGACCAUAGUGGUGUUGACGAUCAUUGUGAUAGUGUUGUUGGUGACCUUGAACUAA